UAUUUAAUUUUCCAAAAGAUUCUUAAAAAUUGUAUUGAAAACUGAACAAUAACAAAAGGAAGAAACCAUAAUUUUAAUGAUUUAAUGAGAAAUUAAGAAAAAAAUCAAAUACAUAAGGAAGUAAUUGUGAAAGAAAAAUUAACAUAAAAAAAAUAUUACACCAUAAACAAACAACAACAAACAAUAGACCUUGAAAACAAAUCAAGAAAUUCCAACUGGACUAUUACAACUGGACCUGUCAAGCUACAAAAAGCAAAGGGCAAAUUUAUAAAAAAAAAAAAUGUUUGGCUUUGAUGGUGAAUAUCGCCGCAAGCCGAGCCAAAGUUUUGGUGGUGCCUCGACCAGCAGUGAUCGUGAAACUAUUAUACGCAAGGCAGCUGAGGAGCGUCUCAAGCGAAAUCAAUUGCGUCGAGAAAACCAUGGAGCAAUUGUUUUGCAAUCCUACUCACGUUCAUUUUUAAAUCGUCAGCGACGUAAGCGCCAUGAACGCGAAACCUUUGAUGAAUUCUUUCGCACUCAUCGUGAUAAACUUACACAAGAUGAAAAUCUGGCUUUUCUACUCAAAAGAAUUAUAUUUUUUUAUAAUACAAAAGAGACCAAAGAUGGUGAGAGAUUGAUUGAAAUUUGUCAGCACGUUUUAAAGAAUCCUGCCCGUCUAGUGCAAAACUCCACUACAGAUGCUGUUUGGCUGCAUCGUCUUAAAAAACUACUCGACUUGUGUAUCAUACAAUUAACCACUGUCCAGCAAACUUCGCAGGCCAUACCGCUGAGAAUGCUGGAAACUUUCACAGCUGAAACAUCCAUCGAGCGUUAUGUGGAAAACGAACAACUAAUACAAACCUAUUUAGAUCGUAUAUUUCGUUAUUUAGUAGAUAAAGACUAUUACAAGCGUUUGCGUAAAUUAUUAGAGCAAAAAUGUCCCCCGUUGGAUGGUGAGACACUACAUCCACCAAAUCAAUUUUCAGAGGCUAUAUUUCAGCUUAUGCUAAGACCUUUAUUGUUGGCCAAUAAAGCGGCGUCAGGAUUUUCCUAUGGCAAUAUCAUUUGCCAAUCGUUUACUAAACACAUACUAGCGCUGCCAUUUACCGAUUGUAUACGCUAUUUUUUGCUACCCUGCUUUGCUGAAUGCUCCGAAUUUCCGUUUGAAUAUUUGCUGAAGACACUGCAGCAAUGUACCACAUCACAAUUGCCCGAGAAAAUGCAAAUCGAUAGCAGUCCAGUGUUGACAUUUACGGGAGCAUCAGUUGCCGAAAGUCUUAAUACUUCUGCUAAUUCAAAUUCGCCUUCGGGCAAGAAAGGUCUCAAUGAAAAGGCUCAGGAACCUAACAAGAUAUUUACAACAUUUUUGUUACACUCUCUAUUAAUGUUGGAUCGCAAACAAUUGGACUCUCUUCAUGCCAAGUCUUUACUGGGAGAUUAUAUCAAAGUUAUUGCUGAGGUAUCACCGAAAAUUCUACAAUUGCCCAAAUCAUCUUUAAAACAUAAUGGCCAUCACCAACGCCAUCAUGCUCAUGCCAGUGAAGACUCAUCGUCCGAUGAUGAAUCGGAUGAUGAUGAGGAUGAAGAACAAUACCAAGUUAAAAGCAAUAUACAAUCCAUGGAUACGGUGGAUGUGGUGGUUUCUAUACCCUUGUCGGAGAACGAAAAAGAAAGUCUUUUGGAGUGUAUUCAACUGUUAAAUGAGGGUGAACGUGUUCACAGCAUUUUAGAUCAUAUCGAGGAGUAUCUAAGUGAUGAAGAUGUACUUUAUGGGCUGUGUGAAAUUUGUCAUAACUUAAUGAUUUACAAUAAAAUGGCCAUGUUCGAAUAUAAGCUUUUAUAUACUUUGGCUUUUAUGCCCAACUUUAUACGUGCUGUUUGGUUUACUUUAAUUUCGCAAUCAAAACAACAAGGCUUCAAUGCUCCCUUGACUUUGAUUUCCAAAGGAGUUGUGCCUAAACAAGCUGGUGCCGAAUCAUUUGUGCCUUUACUGGCCACCUUUUGUAUGCUAUUUGGCCGUCUUUUGCCUACACUACACGAUGUAGAGUUUUGUGAUGAAAAGCUUUUAAUCGAGAAACCUCUGCAACCCACUUUACAUGUAAGACUAAUGCCCUUUUCGUUGGCCGAAAUAGUGCAACUGUCUAAGACACUUAAAGACGUGUCGUUGGGUUUAGUAGAACUGGCUUUUCCAGAAACCCGCUCAAAUCUUAAUCAACAUUAUCGUUUUGUUUUGGGUCGUUCCGAUUCGGAUGAUAAAAAAAUCAAGCAACAAAAGCAAAUUUGGUCAAAUCUUUUAAAAGUUGUAGUAUUUGUAUUGAAUCAAGUACAUACCAGAGAUUUGAGAUUGGGUUUCUGUCCGGAGUCUCAUUGGACGGUAACACGUUUGGAUUUGCCCUUAGAUAGACCAGCCGAUUUACCUCUAACCCGUGGAAGUCGUACACGUGGCAUAAGACCAUUUCAACCGAUACGAGAUUUCACCCGAGAAGAUUUCGAAAAUGGUCCUCCCAUGUCAACGAAACAAAUACGUUCGAUUACCAUAUUAAGGGAAAUACCCUUUGUGGUGGCGUUUAGCAAACGUGUGGGCAUUUUACAAGGCCUGGUGGCAGCUGAUAAAAUGCGUGUUCAGGGACAUUUGCAGGCCUUUCUACAGGGACCCUCCAUAACGCUGACUGUGAGAAGAACCCAUCUGUAUGAAGACGCUUACGACAAAUUAAGACCGGAAAAUGAACCUGAUUUACGUUUGAAAUUCCGUGUUCAGUUUGUUUCCUCUUUGGGUUUGGAUGAGGCGGGAAUUGAUGGCGGCGGUGUUUUCCGUGAGUUUUUGUCGGAAUUGAUUAAAACUGCUUUCGAUCCAAAUAGAGGGUUUUUUAUGGUCACUACCGACAAUAAACUCUAUCCCAAUCCAAAUGUUGGUGAUUUGGUGCCCGACUUUGAGAAACACUACUAUUUCAUUGGUCGCAUACUGGGCAAGGCCAUCUAUGAAAAUCUAUUAGUUGAACUUCCUUUAGCUGAAUUUUUCCUCACCAAAUUGGCGGGCAAAUAUGCAGACGUUGAUAUACACCAGUUGGCCUCUUUGGAUCCAGAACUCUAUAAAAAUCUUUUGUAUUUAAAAGACUACGAGGGUGAUGUUAGUGAAUUAAAUUUAGAUUUUACGGUAGCCAGUAGUUCGUUAGGUCAGACGCAAGUGAUUGAAUUGAAACCGCAGGGUCAAACGAUACCGGUGACAAAUUCAAAUCGUAUUGAAUACUUGCAGCUGAUGGCUGAUUAUAAAUUGAAUGUGCAAAUAAGACAGCACUGUAUAGCAUUUCGUAAGGGUCUGUCGAAUGUGUUGCCCGUUGAAUGGCUGUAUAUGUUUAGCAAUAAGGAAUUACAGAUAUUGAUAUCGGGUGCUGAAAUACCCAUAGACUUGGAAGAUCUCAAAAAGCAUUGUAAAUAUGGUGGAGAAUACAGUCCAGAGCAUCCCUCGAUAGUGGCGUUCUGGUCGGCAUUGGAGAGUUUCGAUGAUUUGCAAAAAAGACAAUUGCUGAAAUUUGUAACGAGCUGUUCGAGGCCUCCGCUAUUGGGUUUUAAGGAUUUGGAUCCACCAUUUUUUAUACAAAAUGCUGGUGAUAUGGAACGUUUACCCACGGCUAGUACUUGUACAAAUCUUUUGAAAUUGCCUCCCUUCAAGACCAUUGAACAAAUGCGUGAGAAGCUACUCUAUGCCAUACAAUCGGGUGUGGGUUUUGAAUUAAGCUAAAUAUUGUUUUAUACCUUAACUUUUCUUCAUUCCUGAUUUUCCUUUUUUCUUUUUUCUUCAUCUAUAUCAGUUUUCCUUUUCAUUCUUUAACAAAAGAAACAUAAAAUUAUCUUCUUUUUUUUCCAUUUUGUUUCUUUUCUAUAUUCCAUUUUUUAUUGUAUAAAUUGUGAAAUGAAAUGUGCUAAAACAUUUAAUUAAUAAUUAAACAACAUUAAUAUUAAUUAAUCUCUAUAUAACAUUUAACUUAAACAUAAAAAAAUAAAAAAAAAAAUUGUGAUUUUUUUUAACACAAACUUACGAGUCAUAUUUAUAACAGAAAAAAAAGAUGAACAAAGUUUACAGAAAUUCAUAUCAAACACUUCCAAUAUUUGAUUCAAGACAACCUUAUAAUAAAUUAUUUAAUUGGUAAAUGUUAAAUAUAAUACAUAUGUUUAUAUAAUAAUAAAUGUAUUUAAUAUGUA